AUGUCCCGGCUAACUCCACCAUGCACUCCCUCCCCCACCUUCGCCACCACCAGGAGUGUUAGCUUAAUACGGUCCAUAAAUUCUUUCUGGGCUAAGUGCACGAGACAAGCUAGCAAAGCUACAAAGAAAUUUGCUACAAAUUCACCAAAGUCGCCUUUGGCCAAGCCAAAGCAACUUUUGGUGACCCUUAGCAAUAAGGCUAUCAACUUUAAGCACAAGAAAAAGGUGGAUGAAGAAUUUGAAGGUGAAAUUGAUUUUGGAGACGGAGGCCUGUGGCAGAGGAACAUCUUGAUGGGUGAUAAGUGUCAGCCGUUGGAUUUCUCCGGUGUGAUUUAUUAUGAUAGCAACGGAAAAAAGCUUUCGGAGCUUCCCAUGAAGUCACCUCGUGCCAGUCCUCUGCCUAGCUAUCUGCAGAAGCAAUAG